UCAAACUGUAGCAAUAGGAAAAUGACAAAAGAAAAAAGUUAACUCCCUGCACCAAAGAACUUUUUUAUACCAAAUAACAUAGCACUUGUAGUCAGAAAUUGAUGCAGAAAAACUAGCUGAGAAAAGGGAAAGGACAAGGAGCAGGGCAAGAAGAAAAAGAGUGAAGUGGAGAAGGAGUACAAGUUGAAAGAACAUUGUCAAGAUACUCUUUAUUUAUUUUUUUUAAAUCUACUUCCCCUUACUAUUAUCUAUACUGCAGCUGGGAGGUGUAAUUCUCAGUUUGAGUAGAUGAACGCAUGCUAGCUCUGCUCAAUCUGACAUACUGAAAAUAGCAGUGUGCCACAACAGCUCACACUUGCCACCCAAAUACAAUCCUGUUUUGAGAUCCUGGUUAUGUGCUCAGAAGGCUAGACCAGGGGUGGCCAACCAGUGGCUCUGGAGCCACAUGCGGCUCUUCAGAAGUUAAUAUGCAGCUCCUUGUAUAGGCACUGACUCCGGGGCUGGAACUACAGGUGCCAACUUUCCAAUGUGUCGGGGGGUGCCCACUGCUCAACCCGUGGCACAGGCCCUACCCUCAACUCCACCCCUUCCUGGCCCCUCCCCUGAGCCUGCAGUGCCCUCGCUCCCCCCCCCCCCCCCCAGCUUCCUGCAUGCCAUGAAACAGCUGAUCGGGAGGUGUGGGGAGGGAGAGGUGCUAAUCGGUGGGGCUGUUGGUGGGUGGAAGGCACGGGGAGCGGGGUGGGGGAAGUUGAUGGGGGGCUGCUGACGUAUCACUGUGGCUCUUCGGAAAUGCACACUGGUACAUUCAGGCAGCUCCUCAAGCUCAGGUUGGCCACCCCUGGGCUAGACAGUGCUGCCAUGACUACAUUGCUAUUUUUAGCAUGUCAGCUUGAGCAAAGCUAGUGUGUGUACCCAACUUGGCAAUUAUACCUCCCAUCUACAGUGCGUACAUAGCCUGUAGAGCGAAAAAACUAGAACAGUUGUAAAAAUCCUAUGUUUAGGGUUAGUUUCACUUUCUGGUUCUCAUAUGCUGCUGGCUAAAAGGUGUAAGAUGGGUUCACACCAGUGUAGUUUAAUGUCUCUGAACAAAUGCAUUAUUUUUGUCCCCUGAGAAAAUGGCAAGAAAAAAAAGACGUUGAAACUCGACAAACUGACUCUUCCUUAUCGUCUGGACUGAAGGGAGUAGGUGGAUCAAGAAACCUUUAAUUUCUUGAUGAACUUUCCCCCCACACUUGACUAAUUCUAUGAUGAGGACCCUCUCUAGUGCAUUAGUAAGUCAUUCUCCACAACUAGGCUGCAGUAAAUUACUUGUUCCCAUUUUCUUAAAUGUUCUCAUUGAAUCAAGGCAUUAGUAAUCUGCCUCAUUUAAACUGAAAAUUUAUAAAAGGGCUGUUCCAAACAAUGUGGAACUGUGUAAUUCUUAAUAUUUGUAAGAAUACAUUAUUUUGUGACAUCCCCAAUUGUACAACUGCUUUGUAGGUGGGAUUCAAAUAUAUGUAAAACACAGACUAGCUCCUAGGUUACCCCAAUUUGUAUAUCUCUAACCUGUGGACUGCAAAUGAAAUUCUGAUCCCCAAUCUGAUGCUUGAUUUCUGUAUAAAAUGCUAUUUCAAGACAAUUUCCACUGCUCUGCACUGCUGGAACUGUUACAGUUCAGGGCAACUGCACCUAUAUUUCCACCCCCACGCUCCAGUAAGGGCACCCAUUCUCAGGCUGUCAGCUCCCUAGCUGUUGCCUCUCUUGGGUGGAGAUCCACAUCUCUCUGCCAUCUGACCAUACUUCCAGGCUGCACAGUUCACUGCCUUUACUAUGUAUUUUCUAGCACAGUCUGCCUAAACAGACCUCCUUGCUUUCUUUUCAGAGACUGGUAACAGAGGAGGUGCUAUAGAUACGUUACCACACAGUUCCUCCUAUACUUUAACCAUGGUAUUGCUGUGGAUGCUUCUGUUAUAAUUCUGCAGCCUUUCAAAAUGGUGAAUGUUUAUGACAGCAAGAUCCUGAGUAAAGAUUCCAGGAUUGGCUGCUGCGUGGACAAAGUAGUUGAGCUCUAAGGAAAUCCCCAUGAGGAAGGGGGUGAAACAGUCUUCGCUGCCAGCCUUGGAGUGGUUGGGGAGCUGAGACUGCAUUAAUCCUAUGGCUUUAGCCCACUUUAAAUGUGUAUAGAAGUAUAGAAUUUUCUAUAUAGCAGCAGAUCCUCCUCUUGCGCUGUUCCUUUGCAUUAGAGCAUAGGGAGCCACUGCCACUCCAUACCACACAGGAACAAGCACCCUGUAAUUCUGCUCUGAUAUGCAGGCCUGCACCAAUUUUGCUGGCAAUACACCACAGGAGUGGAGGCAGGGAACAGGAUUUGCCUUUCACUCUGAUCUUUUUCUGGGUAUGUGACUAAUUUGUGGGAGUGUAGUGAUGUAAAUUCCAUAAUCUGGCCAUACUAUUAUUUGUCUAGUUUUACCAUCCAGCAAAUUCUUCUCCUGAUUGACAGCUCUACCUGGGUCAUUACCAAGGUUUGAACCCAGAAUUUUCAUCUAUAUGUUGCACAUCUCCUCCAGUAGGGGUAACUGGUAGCAAAACCAGGGUAUUAUAUUGUAUACAGGCCAACCGGAAGAGGGAAUAUGGCACUUUACCAAUGGGUUAUACAGCUGUUUGACUGUAAGUCAGCAGUGGAAUGGUGGGUAACAAUUUCCCAGGAUUCUAUUCCUGGGGCUGGGAGCAGAGUGGAGGCUAGGACUUACAGCCAGCACAACCAAGCCGAUAACUUGGCAGGUGUUCUGGAAAGCACUGUGGCAAAGUAGAUAUGAUAGGGCCAGACUAGAGAUCUACGCCCUAUACUAAGCAGAUCCGCCUGGAUCUUUUGCAGCCUCUCAGGUAUCACCAGAACAAUGGUUUUCAACCUGUGGCAGGGUCCAUGGAUUAUAUCUACGGGGUCUGCGAAAGGUGGUUAUGAUAGAACAGUGGUUUUCAACUGGGGGUCCACAGACUAGGUCUAAGGUUUCCCAAGGGGUACAUUCCUCUAUUUGAAGUUUUUUAGGGGUCUGCAAAUGAAAAACGGUUGAAAACCACUGAUCUAUGGCAGUGGGAAUGGGGUGAGAAGAGCACUACUUACACCCCCUAGGCUAUGAGACCCUGGCUGUCUCAGACACACCUGACAAUUUACCAAUUAUGGGGGGAGUGGGUCGAGUGAUGUGACGAAGCUGCCACAUGCGUCAGGUGAGAUGCAUGACACCAUGCCCUAGCAGCUCUGCAUAAAGGGGACACAGAUUUUCACUCAUUGGGGCGGGUGGGCUGUACCUGGUGCUUUACCUUACUUGUGCCAGAGUCGGGCAUGACGGCCGCCCACACGGCCUGGAGCGCAGCUAUCUCCAGGCCCCCUGCUGUGCACCAUGCAUGUUGCAGAGUGAAACCAGGGGGCCUGGCUGCUUCAGAAGCCCCAGCAAUGAGCAAGUCCCGGGCACCGUGCACGCUGCGUGUGCUGCGCUGGGAGCGCCACGGACCCUCAUCUCCACCUGGAGACAGCGGAGCACCGAGAGAGGGAGGCGGGACUCUCCUAGGUUCCAACCCAGACAGUCAGGAACCACUCACCCUCCAACGCUCAAGCGGAAGGCAAAAGGCCGCACAUGCGCACUAAGCAAAGCGAACGCAACGCACCAUCGCUCUAGCCCGGUCAGGUGACAUGCGCAGGCGCACUGGUUAUGCAUGCGAACCGGAAGGAGUCUCACAGCGGCUAACCUAGAGCCUUCGGUGGAUACGGUUGCGCACUGCUAUCAAGUUGAUACUGCGCAACACUGGUUGCGCAUGCGCGCUAGGCUGACCUGUGUGCCCCACGCCAGGCGAGACAACAUCCCUUUCUAGUAACUUCCCUCAUUCGCAACGUCAUCAGUGCGCGCCGCGCCUGAGAUGGGUUGUUUCCGUUUAACUCUCCGGGAGUGAGAGUGUCGCGAGUGUUUCCUGGUGUCGGCGCGCGAGGCAGCGGCGGUGAGGGGCUGGGUUCACGUAGCGUGCCCCGCGCGGCGAGAGCGAGCGAGACCUCGAGUAAGCGGCCCUCUCCCCUGCCAUGGCCGAGAGCGGAGAGAGCCCCCCCGGGGGCCGCAGCCCCCCGGAUUCCCCCGCCCCGGGAGGAGCCGCCUCCUCGGAGCCGCGGAUCAUCAAAGUCACCGUGAAAACCCCCAAAGAGAAGGAGGAGUUCGCGGUGUCCGAGACCAGCAACGUGCGGCAGUUUAAGGAAGAAAUCUCUAAGCGUUUCAAGUCCCACACAGAUCAACUUGUAUUAAUAUUUGCUGGAAAAAUUUUAAAAGAUCAAGAUACUCUGACCCAGCAUGGGAUUCACGAUGGACUCACUGUUCACCUUGUCAUCAAAACACAAAACAGAUCACAAGAUCAUCCUGUACAGCAAACGAACACCACAGGGAAUACUUCUACCACAUCGACAUCAAGCAGUAGUACCUCCACACCCGCCUCAACAACCAGCAGCCCUUUUGGUUUGGGUGGCCUCGGAGGACUUGCAGGUCUGAGUAGCCUGGGCCUGAAUACAUCUAACUUUUCAGAGUUACAAAGUCAGAUGCAGCGACAGCUCAUGUCCAACCCGGAAAUGAUGGUUCAGAUAAUGGAAAAUCCCUUUGUUCAGAGCAUGCUUUCAAAUCCCGACCUGAUGAGGCAGUUAAUUAUGGCCAAUCCUCAAAUGCAGCAAUUGAUACAGCGAAAUCCAGAGAUCAGUCACAUGCUUAAUAAUCCAGAUAUAAUGAGACAAACCCUAGAACUUGCGAGAAACCCUGCAAUGAUGCAGGAAAUGAUGAGAAACCAAGACCGAGCCUUGAGCAACCUUGAGAGUAUACCAGGUGGAUACAAUGCCUUGCGACGCAUGUACACAGAUAUUCAGGAGCCAAUGUUGAAUGCAGCCCAAGAGCAGUUUGGAGGUAACCCAUUUGCUUCCUUAGUAAGCAAUGCAUCUUCAGGUGGGGAAAGUCAGCCGUCUCGUACAGAAAAUAGAGACCCUUUACCAAAUCCUUGGGCUCCUCAGUCCAGUUCUCAGAGUUCCACAACCAGUAGCAGCAACAGUGGCGAAAGUGGGGGCAGUAGUAGUGUUGGAAAUAGCACCACCACCAGUACAGGACCAGGCUCAACCAUGCCUAAUUUGGGACCCGGAGUAGGAGCUGGUAUGUUCAACACUCCAGGAAUGCAGAGUUUGUUGCAGCAGAUAACAGAAAAUCCACAGCUUAUGCAGAACAUGUUGUCUGCACCCUAUAUGAGAAGCAUGAUGCAGUCACUAAGCCAGAACCCUGAUCUUGCAGCACAGAUGAUGCUGAAUAAUCCCUUAUUUGCUGGAAAUCCUCAGCUUCAGGAACAAAUGAGACAACAACUCCCAACUUUCCUUCAACAAAUGCAGAACCCGGACACACUGUCGGCAAUGUCAAACCCUAGAGCAAUGCAAGCUUUGCUACAAAUUCAACAGGGCUUGCAGACACUAGCAACAGAAGCACCAGGGCUUAUACCAGGAUUUAAUCCUGGUGUAGGGGGAUUAGGAAGCACUGGAGGUCCAACAGGGACAACCAUACCUAGCUCCAUCCCCAGUGAAAAUACAAGUCCAGCCUCAGGAGUUGCUGAAUCUAGUCACCAACAAUUUGUUCAGCAAAUGUUGCAGGCACUUGCUGGUGCAAAUGCUCAGCAGUUACAAAAUCCAGAAGUCAGAUUUCAGCAACAACUGGAGCAGCUCAGUGCAAUGGGCUUUUUGAACCGUGAAGCAAAUUUACAAGCUCUAAUAGCAACAGGAGGAGAUAUCAAUGCAGCUAUUGAAAGGCUACUGGGCUCCCAACCAUCAUAGCAACAUUUCUUUAACUUGAAAAAUGUAAUUUAUUUUUGAUAACAGCUCUUAAAUCUUUAAAAUACUUGCUUUAUUUCAUUCUGACUCUUGAGAUUGUCUUGUUAUAACUACACCCAGUCUGAUGCAUUUUAAGGUGGAGUGCAGUAGUUUUCUUUGAACAGUGGGAAUCAAUGCUUUUUCAUUCACAGUUGUUGCAUGCAUCAAACACUUCUCUUUGUUCAGCAUUUAUUGUGAUUUUGUUGAAACAAAUAUCUUUCACAAUUGAAUCAACAGGUUUUGUCAGACCUACAAUUGUCCAAUUUAUUUACUACUUAAACAUUAGCUUUGGGUAGUAAUUUAUGUAGAAUACAAAUUAUUAAAAAGGAAACAAAUUAAAUGAAGCUAUAAUUUGUGGGUACCAAUACUGCUUUUUGUGACUUCAGCAUGUAUUUUUUGCUAGCAAAAUGCUGUAAGAUUUAUACCACUUGAUUUAUCUAUCAUUUUUGCUUUUAUUUGUAUAAAAUAUACACACAAUAUACAUGUUGAAAACAGCUCACAUCUAGGAACUUAAACACUGCAAUAGAAUGAAUCUAUGUAACUAAAAAAAUCCAGAACAAAUAAAAUUGACACAUUUCUAGUGGAGAAACUUUGAGCAUCUUUGGUGAACAUCUCUCAGCAAAAGAGUUUAGGCAAGUUCAUUUAAAAUAUGCUAGAAUUAUUGAUCUAAUUAUCUCUAAGUCUACAUCUAACUGUACAGAAAGCUGCAUUGUAACAUUGUCUCAGUAUUCACAAGGAUUGACUGUAAAUUAUCUUAAUCUUUUUGCAGAUUGAAGGAGCACUACUGUAUGCUCUGAAACUGCUUCUAAAGCUUUUUGGCUUCUCUCAUUGAGAUUCUAACAUGCAUUAUGAUUUGUAAUUGGAAGAAUUACUUUCACUGACAGUGUCAUGUGAUAUUCUAAUUACUUUUAACCACCAUGUAAAAAUACUGUAUAUCUUUUGAGUUUUUAUUGGUAGUUAUUUCUCUUGUGCACAGGUAAUAAAUGAAUUAAAAAUUCUUUGAGCAA